AUGAGCAGGCCAUCGCAGGACAGGGUGGCCGGGGCCCGGCAGCGCGGGCGCGAGACCGCUCCGACGCUCGCGCAGGCGAGGGCCGCCAGGACACUCGCUGCCCGGGGCCUGGCGUCGGAGAUGGGCACCGCCGAGGGUGGGGCCUCGGUGUCAGCCAAGGUGGCGGUCGAGGAGGUGCUGUUCGAGGUGGAGGUUGACGAGGAGUUCCUGUCGUCGGCCGACGCUCUGGGCACCGAGGGGACCGAGCGGGAAUUGGCGCUCGCGCCGGCGCACGUGGAGGCGGCUGCUGGUGGGCCACCCGGUUUCGCCGGCGGCUCCGUGGCCAGGGAGUCGGCGGCCUCGCCAGCAGUCGGCAGCACUGGAACCGAGAGCGAGGAGCGGAAGAUCCAGGCCUGGAAUUUGGUGCUCGCGACCUCGCUCAAUGAGACCAGCUCCGCGGAGACGCGCGCGGGCGCCUCGAGCCUGGCCGUGCGGGGCGGCAAGGCGCUGCGCUGGGUUGGCAUCGGCCUGGCGGCCAUCUGGUCUUUCAGCCCCUGUUCCAUCGAGCCGGGCGGGCGCUCGCCCUUCAACUCCCUGGUGGGCGUGCUGCUGGCCACGGGCGGCACGGUGGCCUACUCGAGGAAGGGCAGCUUGCCCUCGCUGAUCGGCGGCGUGGGCUGCGGCGUGGCGCUGCUGAGCACCAACGCGCUGGCGCCGCGGCGCGGUUUCAAGCUGGGCGCCCUCGUGUCGUUCCUGCUGACGGCAGGCAUGCUGCCUCGCGCCGUCAAGAGCGGGAAGUUCAUGCCGGCCGGUGCCGCUCGGGGAGGAGGGAGCGCAGCCCGAGGCUUGGUGAGCGCCCUGGGCACCCUGUCCCUGCUGUACAACACCACGAUGCUGCGCAGACUGGACAAGGUCAGGGUCCGAGGAGGGGGAGGUGCCGAUACCGCUGCCCUUCCCUCGUCUUCGCCCUCGUCGUGCCUCCAGGGGACGCCCUCGUCGCCGCCGACCGAUGCGCCUCGGCGCGCUGGCCGGAGCGCGCCCCGGGAGGCCUGA